AUGACGGUAAAGCGCAGGAAUCACGGCCGAAACAAGAAAGGGCGCGGCCACGUGCGCUUCAUCCGCUGCACGAAUUGCGGCCGAUGCUGCCCGAAGGACAAGGCCAUCCGCAAGACCGUCAUCCGCAACAUCGUCGAAGCCGCCGCCGUUCGCGACCUUGCCGAUGCUUCCGUUUACGAACAAUACACGCUGCCGAAGUUGUACAAUAAGAUGCACUACUGCGUCGCCUGCGCCAUCCACUCGAAGGUCGUCCGCAACCGAUCCCGUGAGGCUCGCCGUGAUCGCAACCCGCCGCCUCGCUUCGGCACCCGUCCCGGGGGCCCGCCACGAGCUGGACAAGCGGAAAAGGCC